UAUAUUAAAAACUAAUAUUUCUUUAACAAAGUGGACUUUAUCGUCUCAUCCGCUUCCUCGCUUCUCCUUCACCUCUCCUUUUCUUCGCUUUUGAAAGCUUCGCCGGAAACCACCUGUCACCCGGCGGAGCAAUUCAGUCGACUCGGAAACCACCACCCAUGUCCACUUCUUCAGUGUCCUCAAUCCCCUUACUCUCGCUCUCGCUCCCUUCCAAGCCAAAACUGCCUCUCCUUGUUUCGUUAAGACUAACCUCUUCCUCUUCUGCUUUUACUUCAUUUUGUUGCUCUUCGAUUCCCAAGAGUCCCAAUGGGUUCAGAAACAGGACGGCGAAGCUUUCUAUAUUCGCGUGCUCGACGUCGCCGUUUAUAGGAAGAGUGGGGCUGCAUAGACGAGAGGGGAACGUGUCGUUGCUGUCGUUUGGGAUAAACCCGAAUGCGAUAGCGGAAGGUGGGAAGAAGAGCGAUUCUUCGCAGGCUCUGUCUGCAAUGCUUCCCUUUGUGGUCGCUGCCACUGCGAUUGCCGCUCUUGCUCAGCCUUCCACUUUUACUUGGGUAUCUAAGGAACUCUAUGCUCCUGCUCUUGGUGGGAUCAUGUUAUCUAUUGGAAUCCGACUUUCCAUCAACGAUUUUGCUCUUGCAUUUAAAAGGCCUUUACCAUUGUCUAUUGGGUUCAUUGCACAGUAUGUGCUGAAGCCGGCGCUUGGAGUGUUAAUUGCAAGAGCGUUUGGCAUGCCUCGGAUGUUCUAUGCAGGUUUUGUCCUCAUGUCUUGUGUUGCAGGGGCUCAGCUGUCUAGCUAUGCCAGUUUUUUGAGCAAAGGGGAUGUGGCCUUGAGUAUUCUCCUAACCAGCUUUACCACCAUUGCAUCAGUGCUUGUUACACCUUUACUAACCGGCCUUCUACUUGGAUCUGUUGUUCCGGUUGAUGCUGUAGCCAUGUCAAAGUCAAUAUUGCAGGUUGUUCUUGUUCCUGUCGCUCUUGGCCUUCUGCUCAAUACUUAUGCAAAACCAGUUGUGAAUGUCCUUGGACCAUUGAUGCCAUUUGUUGCGAUGAUUUGCACUUCCAUAUGCAUCGGCAGCCCCCUUGCUAUAAACCGGAGCCAAAUUCUGUCAACAGAGGGUCUCCGAUUGGUUUUACCAGUAUUGACAUUUCAUGCCGUGGCCUUUACCGUGGGAUAUUUGGUUUCCAGAAUUCCGGCUUUGAGGCAAGAAGAAGAAGUUAGCAGGACGAUUUCAUUAUGCACCGGAAUGCAAAGUUCCACCCUGGCAGGGCUCCUUGCAACUCAAUUCCUUGGGAGCAGUCAAGCAGUUCCACCAGCAUGUUCGGUAGUUGCCAUGGCUAUAAUGGGCCUUUGUCUUGCCUCUUUCUGGGGCAGUGGAUCUCGAAUCAGAGACCUACCUUCCAAGCUAAUGCCACAAGGUGGUUCUACUGUUGAGGCGUAAUGACACAACCGGUCAGAGCAACUUCGAGGUAUAGAUGGAACUAACCUCAAAGCAUGCAGGUGGUCAGGGGUACUGAUGGAUGGUUCUUCAACAAUCCAAAGUGCAAAAGAAGGGCUUGUGAUGUCAUGUUUGAACAUCAGAAGCAGGAUUAGGAGCUAUAUGUUUUCAUCUCAAUUGCGGGAACCAUGGUGGCGUAUAGUUGUAAGGUUAGAAGAGCUCUUUCUACUAGCUCCAAUUAACAGAUGUUACUGUACAUAAAUCCUAUAAAAUAUAAUUGAGAAAAGAUAUAGUUGAUGCAAA